GCCUUGGAGCGCCCACAGCAGGGCCCUGUUUUCUGGAGACACCGGAAAGAGCCGGGCCUCUUUCUGGACUCGGCGCCGCCAUGGCUCGUGGUCCCAAGAAGCAUCUGAAGCGCGUGGCCGCUCCAAAGCACUGGAUGCUGGACAAACUCACUGGCGUGUUCGCUCCUCGUCCAUCCACGGGUCCCCACAAACUGAGAGAAUGUCUCCCCCUGAUCAUUUUUUUAAGAAAUAGACUUAAGUAUGCUCUGACAGGAGAUGAAGUUAAAAAAAUUUGCAUGCAGCGGUUCAUUAAGAUUGAUGGCAAGGUGCGAACUGAUAUAACCUACCCUGCUGGCUUUAUGGAUGUCAUCAGCAUUGACAAGACCGGAGAGAAUUUCCGCCUGAUCUAUGACACCAAGGGUCGCUUUGCUGUUCAUCGCAUUACACCUGAGGAGGCAAAGUACAAGCUGUGCAAAGUAAGAAAGAUCUUUGUGGGCACAAAAGGAAUCCCUCACCUGGUGACUCAUGAUGCUCGAACCAUCCGCUAUCCUGAUCCCCUCAUCAAGGUGAAUGACACCAUUCAGAUUGAUUUGGAGACUGGAAAGAUUACUGAUUUCAUCAAGUUUGACACUGGUAACGUUUGUAUGGUGACCGGAGGUGCUAACCUGGGAAGAAUUGGUGUGAUCACCAAUAGAGAGAGGCAUCCUGGCUCGUUUGAUGUGGUUCAUGUGAAAGAUGCCAAUGGCAAUAGCUUUGCCACCCGGCUUUCCAACAUUUUUGUUAUUGGAAAAGGCAAUAAACCAUGGAUUUCUCUUCCCCGAGGGAAAGGUAUCCGUCUCACCAUUGCUGAAGAGAGAGAUAAGAGACUGGCUGCCAAACAGAGCAGUGGGUGAAAUGAUCUGGGUGAUGGAAAUGGAGAGAUCUCUAAAGGAAUAAAUACAGCAUAAUUAA